CAGAGGGUUUAGCUAGAGGAAUUUAGCCAACACUGUAACAGAGUGACAGCCCAAAUAGCAUUUUAAGGAAAGACAAGGUGAAGAAGAAGGAAAGAAAACGGUGAAAACAAUGGUGAAGACUAAUAGAUGCAAGAAACUGACUACAUUUAAAAAGAGACCUUUGGACCCAGAAAGACCUGGAGGAACAGAGAGCCUAGGUGUGAAUUACAGUCCUUCGUUGUUGCUGAAUAUUGCUCUUGCAUUCCAACAUGUGUUGGUACUGUUCUCUCUGUGUGCGUUGGUUGUGGAUACACUCAUUCAGGAAGCAGACAAAGACAGAAUAGUGGCCUUCGUGCUCUUUUACUCAGGUAUAUCUACACUGCUGCAGAGCUGGAUUGGGUCACGUUUGCCAUUGAUCCUGGCUCCAUCUUUGGACUUUCUGAUCCCUGCCCUGGCCUUGCUUUCUGCUCAGUCAGGGACUGCUGUGGCCUGCAGGGGGCAGUGCACUGAACCAGAGGAGCCUGUGGCCCCAGCACACCCAAUAAGAGAGUUGAGAGGCAUGGCUGUGGUUGCAGGUAUGGUGCAGCUCGCUGUGGGUUUGACUGGUCUGGGUGGCUUUGCACUGGUACAUUGUGGACCAUUGGUUCUGGCUCCUCUCCUUUGCAUUCUGGGCUUUUCCAUCUACAAGGAGGCAGCGCUGCUUUGUUCUGACCACUGGGGCAUGGCUACGCUGGCAAUUGUUCUUCUGGUGGUUCUGUCUCAGCAUCUGCCCUCCUUUCUGCGGCUGUCUGUGUUCUCCAUCUGCAGGAGACUCUCUGUACUUCUAUCUGUAAUGGUGACGUGGGGUGUUUGUGCCAUACUUGUGCACGUGGGAAAUGUCCAUCUUACCUCUGUGACCCAGAUGCUCUCAACAAGAAAUUCCACCUUUAUUCAGUCCAGGAAUAGUCCACACUCAUCUGACUUUGCCUUUACUAAUGACUCUGUACCCUGGCUGGACUUCCCCUUUCCUGCCUCAGCACUCCCCCUGCUGUCUGGCCGAAGCAUUGCAGCAGGAGUGGCAGGAGGCCUGUCUGCCAGCAUUAGCUCUUCGGCUGUGUACGUGGUGGCAGCUCGGCUCCUGAAGGCUCCUGUGCCCCCAGCACAUGCCUGUAACAGGGGCCUUUGUGUGGAUGGACUGGGAAGUGUGCUCUCUGGCCUGAUGGGGGCGCCAGUAGGACUGUGCAGCAGUGUGCCUAAUGCAUGUGUUAUUGGGCUAAGCCAGUCUGGGUCGCGGAGCACAGUGCAGCUCGCUGGGGUGUUCUUGGUAAUUUUGGGUGUGUCUCCUCAAUUAACUCAGAUGCUCUGCUCAGUCCCUCUGGCCAUCCAUGGUGCUGUGCUCGCCGUGACCUACACACUUGCCAUUGCAACAGGCAUAACUUAUUUCCAACAUGCAGAUGUUGACUCAGGACGCAACAUUUUCAACAUUGGCUUCACAGUGUUCAUGUCAUUAGCACUGCCACGCUGGUUCAGACUUCACUCUAGUUUUAUACAAACAGGUGUACCAAGUGUUGAUGUUUUUCUCCAGUGUCUUUUAACCUUACCUGUUUUCUUUGUGGGAGUUUUGGCUUUUCUUCUAGAGCACACUGUUUCAGGGACUUUGGCUGAGAGGGGUCUUGUGCGACAUGAAGACACAAAGAAGAUUCUGUCUCUCGCCGACCUGCAGCAGGGAUACAGCCAUAGUCCAGACACAGUGUAUGACCCUCCUCCACCUGUGAUGAAAGUGCUGGACCUGAGCGGCUUGAGAACCGUCCCGUUCUGUGCCUGCAGAAGCCCACCUGUUGAAGAGGUGGUAGUGACAGUACCAGAGAUGUCUAGCUUGUUACCUGACAAGGAUGCUAGCAGUGGCUGAAUUUUUGGGAUUUAGGCCAUCUUUUAUUAGUGUUUUUGUAUUUAACUUCUAGUUAGCUUUUUAUAAAUUGUAUUAUGUUUAUGGGUAGUACAGUUUUGUAGUAAUGGAGUGGUUCUCAACCCCCUCUCUCCCCCUCCUAAAUCACCAGUUUUCUUUUUUUUUUAAAAGUUAUUUAUUAGGUCAAGUUAAGUUAGAUUGUUUUAUUUUAUUAAUAAUAUUACUAUUAAUAUUAAUUAUUAUUUGGUAAUAUAUUCAUUUGUGGUCCCCUUGUUGAGUGCAACAGUUGGGUUCCAGAAGUGUAAUCUCUUUCAGUUUUCCUAUAGAGGAACUGAUUUUUAAGAUACCUUGAACCUUUAAAGGGAUAGUUCAGCUAAAGAUGAAAAUUAGCCCAUGAUUUACUCACCCUCAAGCCAUCCUAGGUGUAUAUGACUUUCUUCUUUCAGAUGAAUCCAAUCAGAGUUAUAUUAAAAAAAAAUGUCCUGGCUCUUCCAAGUUUUAUAAUGGCAGUGGGUGGGUGUUUCUGUUCAACAGUCCAAAAGAAGUCUAAUAAAGUGCAUCCAUCCAUUAUAACAAGUAAAUAUCUAUAUUUAAAACGUUAGAAACACAUUUCUCUAGCUUGCGCUAACUGUUGUAUACACAAGCCAUGCGCCGUGGAGAAAAUGCUAGUCUUACGAGAACAAACGUUUGUUUACAGGAGCAAAGGAAGCAAAGUUUCCUUACUUUAGCAAAGGAAAAACAGUCUCCUUUUGGUUUACACCGAAAUUCUCUGACAUUUUUCUUUACAAAUCCUCGUUUUGUACUUCUAAUUCGUGACUGGUGCUUUGUUUUGUUUUCUGCUCUUUUGUCACUUCUCAUUGGCCAACGCCAACGUCCUACAUCAUCCGCCCAGAACGGCUUGUGCGCACGACAGUUGGUACAAGCUAGAGAAAAGUGUUUGUAAUGGUUUAAAUAUGGAUAUUUUUUGUACAAAAACGCAUCGAUUCACUACAGGAGGCCUUUGAGGAACUUUUUAUUAUGGAUGGAUGCACUUUAUUAGACUUGUUUCGGACUGAAAUGAAAACAGUUGAAUGAAAACCAUUAUAAAGCUUGGAAAAGCC